CUUAUUUUUCCAUCACACUAACAGACCGUGUCAAAAAUGAAUUAAUCAAAAUUUCCGUAAAAGCAAAAUAAGCUGAAAAAAUGCCCAAAACAAAAGCGCAACCGAGAAUUGUAAAAUCAGCUGCCCCUGCUCGUGUGAUUCGUCCGGUUCGGGCUCGUACAGCUGCUCCUGCGGCCACGCCGCCAUGCAGGACAAACCUUCUGGAUCUGCCGGAGGACAUCAUCCGAAUGGUUCUCGAGUUUAUGCCCAAAACGACGGAUAAGGUCCUGCUGGCCUCUGUGGCGCCAAAGUUCCGAAUGGCCUUCGAGGGCUGGGCGAGGGCGCAGCGAAUCAUCCUCGAUAUCGACAGCCUGGAAACGAUGCCCCUGCCGCAAAUGAUAAGGUUCUUCAAGAUAGCUGGACCUUUUAUACGAGUCCUUCUCGUGGACUGUGCCUCCUUCCAGAAGGAAUCCCUGCUAGUGGAGUUCGUGACGGAAUACUGUCCGUAUCUGGAGGAGAUCAACUACUCCAAUGCCACCGACGAGUUUCACUACCGUACCAUCAUGUUCAAGAUGACGCACUUGAAAAGGGUCACUAUCGAGUGCCUGGACGCAGAGGAUGUGCUGAACUUUGAUCUGCAGGGCAACCAGGAGCUGGAGUCCUUCGAGCUGGUCAAUGGAUGCUAUACGGGCAAAAACCUCUGCGGUUUUCCCAAUCUCAAGACCUUGGUCCUUCGCGACUGCCUGUUGUGGAACUCGGUGGAAUUCGGAAUACCCUUGAAAUCAUUGCACACCCUGGACCUCGACGACUGCUGCUUCGAGGUGAUGAACCAGAGCCUGUACCAAAAGAUAGCCGAGAGCUGCACGGACUUGGUGGAGCUCUUCUUCUCCGGCUGCGACACCAACUUCGAGGUGAUCGCCCAGCUGCCCAAACUGGAGAGGUGCACCCUGAAAACCUGGAUGACCUCCAAUGAGCUGAAUAUCGGAUUUCUCACUGUGUUGGCGGAGAGCAAGGGCAACAAGCUGACCCAUCUGCAUUUGUCCGGUCAGUUUCAGAUCACCAACGAGCAUGCCCGGUGCUUGGGUCAGUUGAGUAGCCUCAAGAACCUGCGCUUCAGCAACAACGAUGUCCUGGACGACGAUCACUUCAAGUUCUUCAACGACCUCAACCAGCUGGAGCGAUUUGGACUGACUUGGUGUGGUCGGGUGAUGGACAUAGGAAUGAUGAGGUUGGUACGGAAGUGCCUGCAGUUGAACAUCAUCGACUUGAGCGAUUGCGACGAGGUAACCGAAGAGUUUGUGAUCAACGCGAUUGGAUGCUGCUCCAAGGGAACACCUCGGAACCUGGUGAUUAACGUGAAGGGUACCAAGAUCAGGCAGGGCAUCUUAGUGCAUCCGGAUUACGUAGACCCCUUGAAUCAUGUCAAGGUCAAUUUUCUUUAAAGUGGGGGAUAUGCGGAAAUUGAAACAAAGGAAUCUUAGCAAUUUGUUUCUGAUUUUUGCACUUAUUACAAAGAAUAAGUAUCUAUUGCAUACCCUAAAGGAAGUGUUCCAUAUUCUAUUAAACGCAUUUAAAGAGCCAUUUUGGCUUUUCGCUGCUUCACUGACUAAUCAUGUUGGUCAAUUAA